AUGGCAGCUGUGGGAACCGGACCGGAUAUUGAGGAGCUCGUCAAGCGCAUCACGUCGCACCGCGGCGUGCGCGGUUUUCUGAUUCUCAAUAACGAAGGCAUCGCCAUCCGCCAUAGCUUCACCGAAGCCUCGCGUGAGUUGGCGGUGCAGUACGCUGCGCUCUUUCAGUCGCUGGCCAUGAAGGCGAAAAGUGUGCUGCAGGAGAUUGAUAGCAACAACGAGCUGCAGCUGAUCCGGCUGCGCUCCAAGAAGGACGAGAUCAUCGUAGCACCCGACAGCAAGUACAUGCUGAUCAUCAUCCAAGACGCUGAACUAGACAAGCCGGAGGUGAAGAAGUGA